CGGUCGGGCCGAAAAAUAUCGUACAAUAAUAUGAAUAUCGUCGUCGGUUACCCACGGGGUUUAUUUUAGAAAUUUUCAAAAGGUACGACCACCGCGGCGUGUUCCGUCGCAAAGUCGCGACCGUCCAAAAAUACGUCCCACGACUUCAUCACGGGCGUCGUUACUAUUGCUAUAAUACUACAAUAAUAUAAGUAAAUUUUUUUUUAUGCGUUGCGACAUCUGAUCGUACAAAAACUAUCGCGUCCGUCGUGGCCCGUGCCGUCGUCGUCGUCGUCGUCGUGUGUUACGUAAGCGUAGUAUUUUCACCGUCGCAGCAGCUGUUGUCGAACGAAACACUCUCCUCCGCUCGAGACCGGUGCCGCGCGAUUUCGUGGGCACCGUGGACGACGCGCGCGCCACCUCCAGCAGCCCAGUCAGCGCGUGACAGCGUCGAACCGACACACGGGCGAACGUGCUUAACGUCGAAGAGUGUCUCGCGUGAUAAUCCGUCGUUGUUGUUUGUAUAGAUUUGCGCGAUUCCGCGGCCGAGCAGAUCGAAAAUCGCACAAUUCAUUAAUCGUUGUAAAUAAUAUCGUUACAAUAGUAUCGCUACCGACGUUUGGGAACUCGUUUUCCGGUUUUCGACGCCAUGGAGUCGUAGGUAUUGGAAUACGGGCGAGCGACACGCACCAUCCGUGGAUCACGAAUCACGAUUUUGAUAAACUGAUAACGACACGGUAUCGUUGAUAACGAGAAGUUUUAGUUGUAUUAUUAUUUUUUCGCUGAUAGCCACUACUUAACACUGCAACUCUGGUCGACUCUCGAUUUUCUAUUGCGUAAAGUCGAUACUGCUGGUACAACACUAAACAUGAAAUAACUUAAUUACGUCGAGUCGUCGAACCCCUAACCGCGACCAUUUUGCGAAAAUAUCGUCGUUUUUUUUUUCUUUAGUCCUCUUGGUCACCCGCGUACCACACACCGUCGUCGGUCACUCAAACCGCACACGGUCGUCCGACUUUUGUCGUCAACAACUUUUGACAAGUUGUGCUUUCGCGGUGGUCCGCCUGUCCAAGUGCACAAAGCUUGGUUUUAUGUACGUAGGUCGUAGACAUUAAAAAAGUCCUGUCACAAUCGUCAUGAGUACGACAUAUUACGAUCCGGACGGUUUGCAGAACGUCAAACGCAGACGUUCCACCAACUUCCGCGACACGUAUUUGCGUAAUCGCGAGUACGGGUUCCGACCCAAGUAUGGCGAUCAAAGUCGUUUGCACUGCGAAAUGUAUACAUCCAUAUAUCCCAUCGCCAAGUGGGAAUACGACAUUUCAAACAAUGACAUCACCAAUCCGGCUGGUAUAUUUAAUCUGGAAUUCUCCCCAGAUGGGAAAAUAUUGGCAGCAGCAUGUGAAAAGAAAAGCAUUAUGUUAUUCGAUCCUGUAACUCAAAAGUAUAUAACAUCAAUAAAAAAAGCACAUAAUGAUUGUGUUAAUUGUAUAAAAUUUUUAGAUUCUAGAAUGUUUGCUACAUGUAGUGAUGACACUACAAUAGCAUUAUGGGAUGUUCGAAACCUUAAAGACAACAUAAGGGUAUUGAGAGGACAUUGCAAUUGGGUAAAAAGUAUUGAAUAUUCAGCAAAAGACAAUUUACUUGUUUCCAGUGGAUUUGAUGGGCAAAUUUACACAUGGGAUAUUAAUAGUUACUCAGAAGAAGGAAGAGUUCCCAAUAAUUCUGUAUGUCACAUUAACGGACUUAUGCGCAUUAAACUUCUACCUGACUCUAGCAAGUUAAUUGUCUGCACGACAAGUGGCUUCAUAUUACUUAUAAACAAUUUAGACUUGGAGACACUUGGUACAGAUAUUCAAGGAUUCAAACCAAAUAUGUACCGUUUAAUGCAGUUGAGUAAGACUACCAUUCCUAAUGCAGCUGCACACACUCACAUGUUUACUCGUAAACGGAACCGCGUUGAAUUCAUCGUAGAUUUUCCUAGAAAUGAUGAUGCCGAAAUAAUAUCUUCUAUCCAGGUACAUCCACAAGGUUGGAAUGUAUUAAGUCGAAAUGUUACCACCGAUGAACAGUCUGAAUGGACGUGUGUACAUGAUAUACAAGACUUUGCCAUUCCUAAACAACAAGAUGAACCUGAAGAACUGAGUUCUGAAGAGGCAAACUCAUUAGAACAUUCCUUAGCUGAUGACCCAAUGGAAGGAAGACUUCACCGACGUACACAUGUUGUGAUUCCUCGAGACAUAAGUGUUGGCAUAAGUAGUAUGAUACCAUUUUCUGUGUUAGGCCCAACAAGAGGAAACCGUCAAGCUGACUUAUGGGAAGCAAUGAUGAAUGUCAACAGUGGUAAUCGCAUAAGAAGCUUAAGAUAUUUAUCAGAAGGACGAGAGCGAAUAUUAGGCACAUAUUCUGGCGUAAGGAUCGUACGCAGUGCAACUGGAUUACAAGAUCAAGACCAAGACGACAUAGAGGAAAUGAUAACAGAUGAUGAUGGGUCUUCAGAGCGAUUAGUCACAGUAUUAUUUAACCGGAAUAGUAAUCGUGUACCUGACAUUAGAAUGCGUGGUUAUCUCCCCCCAAAUUCUAGAAUUGAUAUCACUCGGCCAAGUAGGCGUAGUACUGUGGAAGUAGGAAAUGGCCCAGACGCAGUGGUGUUUAUUGGCAAUAGGCAACGUCGUAACAACUAUGUUCUAAAUUGUAUGAAUAGAUUUCAGGUGCCCCUUAACCAUAAAAUUCACAAAAAUUUUAACCGUCUUACACAUUUUAUUGAAGAGGCAAAUGUGGGUAGAGGAUAUAUCAAAGAACUCUGCUAUUCUAGUGAUGGACGUAUAAUAUGCUCGCCCUUUAGUCAUGGAGUAAGGCUCUUAUCAUUUUCGCCCAACUGUGAUGAAUUGUCUACUUUGCAGCCAAAACUGCCAGGUGUAAAACUUCAUGAGAUCGGUACAAAUGUGUCUCACUCUAAUAUUGUACUCUGUACCAAAUUCUCGCCUGUCCACCCUCUUCUCGUAUCUGGUUGUUUAGCUGGUCGAAUCGUUUGGUACCAACCGAGACUAUAAUACUUAAUGACUUUACUAUUGUAUGUAUGUAAUGUUUUUUAUUUAUAAUUAUCUACUAUUCAAGAUUUGAAUAAUUCAUUUUUUGUUUGUUCUAACAUUGCAAUUUAAUGCCACUGUAUGUCUAGGACAUACAAAGACAACAUAUCUUCUCGUGUAUAAAUAUGUUACUUGUAUUGAAUAUGUCUGUGAAUAAGGUCUAGUGUACACCAAAUGAGUUAAGUUUUUUUCGUACAAAUGUAAUGAAUUAUCUUCGAAGUUAGCCACUUGUACGCGAAAAACGUAUGCUCAAUAAGUAAGAGACUGUAUAAAAAUCAUAUAUUUUUGUCUUUCUUAUCUUGUCUUUUUUUUUUUUAAGUUUUAGUGACAACGAUGAAAUAUAAUUUCUUUAUCUAGACAAUUUUUGACUGUUUGCGACAUAAUCUUUUUUAUACUACUAGACCUUUAAAGCUAUGCAGUGACUCAUUUGUAGCACAUUAAUAAUCUCAGUUUUCUUAAACUCUUAGCAAAUUGAUACAAUAAGUAUUAGUGAACAUUUUAAUGAGUAGAUCGUUUGUCUACCACCAAGCCAGUUGGUAUUUUGAAAAGUUUGAAAAUACAUAACGGGAUCAACGUAAUUGAUGUGACUUCAACAAUAUUCGGUUAUCUUGAUAAAUAUUAUUAAUUCUCAUAAUUUGUUUUGAUAACACCAUUUAUAAAAAUUGGUUUAUUACCAAUGUUGAACCCAUGAUAAAAUAACUAGUUGGUUAAAACAACUACAACCUGCUCCGUUACUGUUAAUAAUCUCGGGUAAGUGCAUUCUAGCUUUGUUUAAUUAUUAUAAGGUGCCUUAAAAGUUAAUUUUUGUUUCAUCUAAAUUAUAGUAAAUAAUGUUAUCGACGCUUACAACUUAAGGAGUUUUUGGUAGGUUCUUUCUGUAACAUAAUAUUCUUCCGAUAAUAAUGUUUGUAAUUAUUAUUAUUGUUUUUUUUUCAUUAUAAUUACCUCAUGUUAAUGUAUAUAUAGGGGAUUAAAUACUAUAUCAAAAUUUAUUAUUAUUAUUAUUAUUAUUAAACAUUUGUAUUCAGAGCAAUAAAAAAAAAACAACAAAAAUUGUAUCAUAGUACAUACUAUGUGUAUAUAUAUAUAUAUAUAUAUAUAUCACACACAUAUAUAACUAUUAUUAUGUAGUAAUAUAUUAAUUAUGUAUUAUUGGUUUUCGAUACUGUCUCGUGUUUACUCCUUUCAAACACUUAUGGUCAUUACUAUUCCUCUGCACUGUCGAUUUUUAUUUUGUUUUUCCUUUUUGAAGGCUUACUGAAUUAUUUUUUUACUGACGCCAAAAUAUUCCCUCUGUAUGCUAAUAUAUAUAAUAAAAUAAAACGCUAUUUGUAAAGCUCGAA